AUGGCUGCCUCCAUUGCUCCAGAAUGCAACGAUAUCAAAGAGAAAUAUGACACCUGCUUCCUAAAAUGGUACAGCGAGAAGUACCUGCGUGGCAACACAUCAUCCAACGACUGCGAAGAACUCUUCGCCAAGUACAAGUCUUGUCUAAAUAAAUCUCUCAAGGAGAGAGGCAUUGAAUCGAUGCUAGAUGACGCCCGGAAGAGCAGUAGCGAGACGGACUCGGAGUUUCUCAAAAAGUCCUAG